AUGGCGUCCAAUUCAAUCAAGCUGUUGACUGGCAACAGUCAUCCUGAGCUAGCAAAGGCGGUGGCCAAGAGGCUGGGUAUCGAGCUUACCAAGAUCAUGGUCCUACAAUACUCGAACCAGGAGACGAGCGUAACAAUCGGUGAAUCGGUCCGAGAUGAAGAUGUAUUCAUUCUUCAAUCGACGCGACCAAACGAUAUCAACGACGGCCUGAUGGAGCUCCUCAUCAUCUGUAAUGCCUGCAAGACGGCCUCGGCGCGACGGGUCACUGCGAUCCUGCCCAAUUUUCCAUAUGCUCGGCAAGACAAAAAAGACAAGUCGCGAGCCCCAAUUACCGCAAAGUUGAUGGCGAACAUGCUCCAGACAGCAGGUUGUAACCAUAUCAUCACAAUGGAUCUGCAUGCGUCCCAGAUACAAGGCUUUUUCAAUGUUCCAGUGGACAACCUCUACGCGGAGCCCAAUUCUACCAAGUGGGUGAGGGAGAACCUCAUGCAUGCGACUGAAGACAACGCCCAUAUCAACGGCGCAAAGGAAGACUGCGUUAUAGUCAGUCCCGAUGCCGGUGGUGCGAAGAGGGCCACGUCCAUUGCAGACAAGCUGGAUCUUCCCUUUGCUUUGAUCCACAAGGAACGUUCUCGCCCCAACGAGGUGAGCCGCAUGACGCUCGUGGGUAACGUCAGCGGUAAGAUUGCAAUUUUGGUUGACGACAUGGCCGAUACUUGCGGGACUCUUGCCAAAGCCGCAGACACUCUAAUAAAACAUGGUGCACGAGAUGUGGUUGCUCUAGUCACUCACGGAAUCCUAUCUGGCAAAGCGGUCGAGAUUCUUCAAACCUCUCAACUCUCAAGACUCGUCAUCACGAACACCGUUCCCGUGCCAGAGGAAAAGGUCGAAGCGCUCAAGGUUGAAGAUGGACAAAAAGGGUGCAGGCUUGAGUUCAUCGAUAUUGCUCCUGUUCUGGCCGAGGCGAUUCGACGAACCCACAACGGCGAAAGUGUCAGCUAUCUAUUCAGUCACCCUGUGUCAUAG